GUCGUCACAGAAACGUGACCAGCAUGCGUGGUUGACGUAGUAGCAUUUGUUUACGAUUGAUUAUUGAUGCCUAGGCCAAGAAUAAUACGACGCAUUGGGCUAUCCUUUUUCACCAUUGGAUUUUAUUUCGAGAAUUGACACCGGAUCAAAACAUUUAGCAUUUUGUUACACGUGCGUUACUGUUCACUACCUGGUCAUCUGAGAAACUAAACACGGAACGUUGUGUUGUCAUUCGGAAUGAACACCAUACCAAGAAGAUGCAGGAAUUCAUCACUGUGGUCAUCAAUGAUUCGUCUUCUAUCCUCAGGCAUGACACUCCAGUAGAUCUUACAGUUACCUCCAUUUAGCUUUUCAAAUGAAAAUGGAGAAUAUGUCUUUGUCAGGCCUGGACAACACCAAGCUGGAGGCCUUGGCUCAGGACAUAUAUGCAGACCUAGUUGAAGAUGCAUGCUUGGGGCUGUGCUUUGAUGUGCACAGGGCUGUGAAACAAGGCUAUUUCUUUGUUGAUGACACUGACCAAGAGAGCAUGAAGGAGUUUGAAAUCGUGGACCAGCCGGGGGUGGACAUAUUUGGCCAGGUAUUCAACCAGUGGAAGAAUAAGGAGUGUGUCUGUCCCAACUGCAACCGAAGCAUAGCUGCGUCACGGUUCGCUCCUCAUCUGGAGAAGUGCAUGGGAAUGGGAAGGAAUAGCAGCCGCAUUGCCAACCGCAGGCUAGCCAGCAGCAACAAUUUAAAUAAGUCAGAGAGUGACCAAGAAGACAAUGAUGACAUCAAUGACAACGACUGGUCGUAUGGCUCAGAGAAAAAAGCCAAGAAGAGAAAAUCAGAAAAGAAUCCAAACUCACCAAGAAGAUCAAAAUCUUUAAAACAUAAAAAUGGGGAGUUCAACAGCAAUGUCAGCUCAGAUCUCUACAAGUACAACUACAAUACUGGAAUCAGUUAUGAAAACCUGGGUCCAGAGGAGCUGAGAGCCAUACUCACUACGCAAUGCGGGGCUCUGUCAGAGCAGACCAAGAAAAUGUGCACCAGGUCUCACCGGUGUCCCCAGCACACAAGUGAACAGAGGAGGGCUGUCAGACUCUUCCUGCUUGGCCCGUCUGCGUCAUCGCUUCCUGACCCCGAGCUGGUGGUGGAGAGUGAGGGCUACGACGUGUCCGACGGCCAGCUGCUCAUGGGACGCCUCCAGUGGGACGGCUCCUCAGACAUCUCCCCCUCUGACUCCGCCUCCUCCAAAGCCAGUACGACAAACUCAGAGUCGAGAAGGACUAAAAAGAAGAAGAAGCCUAGUGCUCUACCCCUGACCACCGUGGCUGUUGACAGAGGAGAGAGGGAGGAGCGUGGAGGAGGAGGAGGAGGAGGAGCGGGGACCAGCGGUAGUUCCCAGGGUGCACUUGGCCAUCCAGGCCGCAAGAAGAAGCCCAAACUGUCUGCACCUUUGCCUCCCAAUAUCUACAACGACCUGAACUGAACCGAAAUGAGAUAACUCUGAAUUGCACUUCUGUUUUUAUAACUGCCCAUUUUGAGUCUCUCUCUCUCUCUCUCUCUCUCUCUCUCUCUCUCUCUCUCUCUCUCUCUCUCUGUAAUUACAACACCAUCACCAGUAGUAUGAUGUUGCAUACAGUAGUUGCAGCUAUGUAAAAUCAUACUACUAGUGUUGUAAUUACAUUUUGCAAUUUCAUUUUAAGGGUUGUAAUUACAUAGUUCAUAGUUUUUACAACUCUGCUCUCUCUCUCUCUCUCUCUCUCUCUCUUUGUCUCUCGUGUGCCCGCGUGCUUCCUACCUGUUUCCCACAUAGAUGCCUUUGUUACGGAUAAUCAAGCUGGCUGCAUGGUAUCAGUAGCUCAGCUUUAGGGUUAGUAGUACAUUUGACUGUGAGGUCUGUUGAAGGCACUUAAGAACCUGUCAUGGGUUCAGAAAACAACUGCUGCAGUUUAUUACCUAUUCUGAAGACGAGUUCAUCUUUUUAGAGUAAUACCCAAGCUACAAGGAAUUCAUUUGUUUUAAAAAGGUGUCAGAUACUGUUUUGAUACAAGGCGAUUAUGUAUAUGUGAUUUUAUAUGUGAUUUUACAACUUUCUUUUUAAGUGUGACUACCGGCUAAUGCUUUUUCCUUCACUGGCUUAUUUUAUUUGUUAUUUAAUGCAAUUGCUGGGCAUCUUUGCAUCUGCCCUGAGUGUGUGCAGGUGUGUACUAACAAGGGUAACAGGUGUAGCAUCCCAUGCUCAGUGCCGUGUGUUUGUGUUUUCAAGUGUAUCAUGAAAAAAGCUGUUUAAUCUCUAACCUAUUGUGUUGUCAACCCACUGAGGGUGUAAUAAGAUGUCUGUCCAUCCACAGCUGUUUUCAGAAGGAGCUGUCAUCGUUGGUUAGUGGAAUUGUCAUCGUCUGUUCUGCUGUUCUUGUAUUACACUGUGCCUCAUUGACUGUACUGACAAGCUGGACACAAACAGACAGCAGCUUACUGCUCUUUUUUUCUCUUUUUUUUGCGGGAAUAGCUCUUUAUGUCCAUAUUUAUUGAAGCACAAAAUAUUUAAGUUAUAUUUGUUUGCCUACACAUCUAAUUUUAUUACUUUCUAAUUUAAUAAUUUUAUAUAUUGUCCAUAAUUUUGUUGAAAUCAACAUGCGCACUUGAAUGGAAUUACAUCCUAACUAUAUUUUUCAUAUUUCUAUUUGGUGAAAGGGAUGGAAAAACAUGGUAAAUUACUUAAAUGUAUAAAAAGUAUAUAUGUAUUUAAGGUCCUUCUAGGCAUUUUUUCCCCCAAAGGUUGAGUUCUACAUGCCUGUCCUGUUAAGUAUGUCUUCUGGUGCAUGGGUGGUACAUUCCACUCUGCACCAAUUUCAUUGUAGCCAAUGAAACUUUUUCAUACAGACAUUUUUCCCAUGAAACAUGCAUGUGUGCUGAGAAUGCCCAUGUCUUAAGUGAUGUACAGUAUGUUGAAUAUAUAAGCAGCUUGCUAUCUUUUUUCAUUUUGCAGGCGACUAUUCUGGUUAAGAAUAAUAAAAAAAGUGACAUAACA